GAGGUGUUACCUACGUGGUUUAUUGCGUCACUGGAAGAUGGUAACCGUGUUAACUCUGUACGUCGUGGCAAACUACUUUCUUUUUAGAACAGAUACCACAGAGAAAGAUUUCAUGCGGUCUGUUUCCGGCGUCUUUGUGACUGCAGCUAUAAGCCGAGGAAACGCGUCGGGAAUGAACGGCGCCACACCUGCCACUGUGGCCGGUGGAAUAGCCAUGAGUAGCGUACCAAUGCAAUGGAGAGAAAAAAUCAAAUUCAGACGCCAACAUGUUAAAGACGUUUGUCGGAAGUUUAAUCUUUCUUAUAGCCUUGAUGGCAGAGACCCCAACUUUAUGAACCGCAUUGCUGGCUCGUUGGGUAACUUACUGGUGGUAGAAAAAUCAAAGUUUGCAUUUUGCUACGUCCCGAAAAUCGCCAAUACGAACUGGAAGCGCACGUUGCUUGCGCUGGCGGGUGCACUUAGUGCGAAUGACAUCAGGAGAGUACAAGCAAAGGACGUCCAUUAUGAUCUGGCAGCGAAAUACAUAAAGCCAUUGAAUCAAUAUUCAGUGGCCGACAGAAAACAUAUUUUGGAAAAUUACAAAACAGCUAUGUUUUUUAGAAAUCCUCUUGAGCGUUUGCUCUCAGUGUUCAGGAACAAGAUUGAAAACAAGCCGUAUGAACACCCCGAAAUAUUGUCACUCGUGGGUAACUAUGUCAUGUCGCGCUUUUUGGGUUUAAAACCUGGAUUUCCGAUAAGGAUAGAACGCCAGAAAGAAAAAAUACUAGGCCAGAUGCCAUCGGGGGAAACAUUUGAGGCCGACCUGAAAAAUAUUCCAGAUUUAUUUCCAAAUAUAGACAUACGAUUUGAUGAAUUUUUGCGUUAUAUUAUCGAACAUCCCAGCAAGAUAAAUUCCCAUUGGGCGCCUCCCUAUACCGCGUGCUUUCCUUGUCAAAUAGAUUAUGACUUCAUUGGGAGCUUUGACACUUUGGCUGAGGACGCAGAGAAUAUAUUAAGAAUUUUGAAUGCCGAUCCAGGGCUGAAAUUCCCGCAAGAAGCUGAAGGAAAGCUAAGGACCGUCUCUUUAAUGCAGGACUACUAUCAUAACAUAUCGAAGUCUACAUUAGCUCAGCUGCAGCAACAAUAUCGCAUAGAUAUUGAAAUGUCGAAUUUUACCGAUAUCCUGUAA